AGAAACAUUGCGGUUCAAAGUAACAAUAAACCAAAAACACAUUAAUUAUGAGUGAUUCCAAAAUUCCCAUAAUUAAUCUCUCCAAAUUAGACAAGUACUCAAAUUCUUGGGUACCAUUGUGCAAUAACGUUCGACAUGCACUUGAAGAACAUGGUUAUUUUAUAGCACUCUAUGACGAUGAUAAUAAUAAUAAGAUUUCGAAGGAAAUAUUUGAGGUAGUGGAAGAGCUAUUUGAUCUCCCCAUUGAAACAAAGAAAAAAAACACUUCUGACUUUCUUUUCUAUCAAUGGAAUGGUCAAUUGAAGGCAGCUCCUCUUCAUGAAAGCUUUGGGAUCCCACAUCCAACUGAUGUUGAAGCACUGCAAAGCUUCACUACACUUAUAUGGCCACAAGGCAACCACAGAUUUUAUGAAACAGUGACAUCGUACGUCAAGGUAGCAGCAGAAGUAGAGCAACUGGUGGAUAAAAUGGUAUUCGAGAGCUAUGGAGUAGCAGAAACGCACUAUGAAUCUCAUGUUGCAGCCACUACAUACCUCCUCCGCCCUAUCAAGUACAGAGCACCACCGCAGGGGGCGGAGGACGGGACUAGCAAUAUCGGUUCCAAUAUACACACGGACAAAAGCUUCUCCACACUUCUCUUUCAGAAUCAAAUAAAUGCUUUGCAAGUUGAAACCAAAAAUGGAGAGUGGAUUGAUGUUGAUGUCCCUCCCUCCGCCUUCGUCUUCAUGGCUGGUGAUGCUUAUGAGGCAUGGAGCAAUGGAAGAAUAUAUGCAGCAAGGCACCAAGUGUUGAUGAAAGAGGAUAAGCAAAGGUAUACAUUGGCGUUAUUCACAUUCAACAAAGGAAUAACAGAUAUACCUGAGGAAUUGGUGGAUGAAACACAUCCUAUACAAUACAAGCCUUUUGAUAAUUUUGGAUUAGCUUGGUACUACCUCUCUGGUGCUAGCUCCAUGACUCAUGGCACUGCUAAACCUUACUGUGGCAUUAAUGCUCGAUAGAUACGUAACUUCAAUUUCAUGUUUUUAUAAUUAAGUUUGAAUUAAUAAGGAAAAUAAAAGACAAACUAUGUAACAAAUGUGUGGGAC